CUGUGUCGUCACGUUCUAUUAGCCUCCAAUUUCAAAUGUGGGGACAUUUGUCGCUUUAGUAUGGUAGGUAAGUCAUUCAGGUGAGCUGGUCCUAAUCUGGGCUAUUGUUUCAUCGGACUCGCGGGGAACUAAACUGGACAUAAAGGCUCUGCGUGCAGUCAGGGUGACGCUCAUUUCUCUACCUCCGCCGUGAACAUCCCUCUCCUCUGGACGGGAGCGCAACCUGCGUGAUUUCAAAGCAAAAUGGCGACACUCUAACUGUGGGAAAGACGAGUAACGGUGUCAGGUGCAAUGACAAACUUGAGGACAUGAGUCGUCGUCCUCAGGUGUGUUUUCUAAGAGCCAUGUGGUGGAAUCAGUGCUUCAACAUAGACUGAAAGUAUUGCUGCUAUGUCUGAUCUGAAGCCAAAUGCACAAGAGGACAAAGACAUGGAAUCUGUGUCUGACAGCCCAGGUUGUACUCAGGAGCCAUUACAGAGUCACACAUUCUCCCUGAAGAACAAUGCUGCAGGUCUGUCCUCAGAUGAACACGAAAACCCUUUAAAUGGAACCCAGCCGAAUCCAUUUGUAUACAGCAGUGUCCCUGCUGUUCCCCAUGCAGGCAAUUCAUUGCCUUCAGGAGCACUUGUUAAUGGACCUGGUUCACACCCAACCUCAGAGGUACACUGUGUCCUGAACAAAGGCACUGUUUUAUCCAACAAUGUCCUGGAUGCUGAGUGGCAAGCGGAGAAGGACACGAGCCCCGAGGUGUUACCACCACCUAGUGAGCUUCAAUCAGACGCUUGGAAGAACACAGCGGGGCCCGUCGUAAAAACACUGGCCACACAGCCAGGUGUCAACACGCCACUGUCUCACUCGGAGGAGAAUAAGUCUAAACUGGCCUAUUCCACACUGUCAGGUGACAGUGCAGAGCAAAUGCACAUUAGCCAAGCUUUGACAAAACAGGCAGUGAAAACAACAUCUCGACGGGACGUAGAAUGGUCAGAAAGCUCCUCGGAUGAUUAUGAUGAUGCUGAAGUAAUCAGAUGGGAUUCAGCAAGAGACAGAAGGCUGGAGACCAAAGUGAUGCACCAAAGAGACACAAAGCACAAUACACAUGUAAAAAGCAUGUCAGGCUCUCUAGAAAAGGUUAACAACAGCUUAAAUCAAACAUACAGACGUUUCUGUUUCUGCAGUGGUAAUGAUGUUGAAAAUGUUGACAUUGCCAACAAAUAUGAUUCUUUGGGUACACAAUCUGAUAUUAAAUAUUCUUUUGUGCCAUUCAAAGAUAUUUCUAGGAACACAGCUUCAGACUCUGAGCACCAUAUUUAUAGCACAGCACAGGAAGGCUGUAAUGAGGAAAAUGACCCUGAAGAUGAAGACAAUUUUAGUCCAAAAGUGGAACAGUUGAAGACAGAAGAAGUUGAACAAGAUCCACUUUUCUUUUCAUGCACAAUAUGCAAUAUUAAUUACCAGGAAAAAAGACAUUUCCAUAGACAUAUGAUGUAUCAUUUAGGUAAGCAUAAUCAGGUGAACAGUGAGAAUGUUUCACAGCCCUUUAUAUGCAGGGAGUGUGGGCGUUUGUUCUGUGAUAGCAACUCCCUCAUGAGGCACAUCAUUAUUCACCAAGACAUGGAAAAACUUAUGGAGGAAAUCAAAGGUCUUAAAAACAUUGAAUUCGAAGACAGGGGCACCACAGUACAGUGCCCUCGGUGUGUAUUUGGUUGUAAUUGUCCUAAAAUCUUUGUCCAGCACGCCAAAACACAUGAUAAUCUGAAGCACUACUACUUCUGUGAGGAGUGUAACUACGUUACACUGACACAGCAGGCACUUGAAGCACACUUACAUGUCGCACACCUCAACACGCACCAGCCUCAAUACAGGAAAAUGACUCAUACUAAUGAAGCAGACGAUGCGGACCAUGUUCAGUUUCAGCGUAAAAUAGUUUUUUUCACAAGCAGAGAUAAAGUUAUAUUGGAAAGACAUGAGCUAGAGCAUCAGCGAUCCCACUGUGGUCAUUGUAAAAAGGUUGCUGACCAGCCCAAAAUUGCUGGGUCUAAACCAAAUCUGUCUAACUGUCUGACUUUUGGAGAAGCAAUCCAAUUCCCCCACUGUUCCAGUAAAAAAGGGGACAUUUACAUUCAAAAGUCCAAUGACAAAACUGUAAAUUCUCAUCAGUUUAAGUCCCGUGUCGGCUGCACCGAAAACAUACUCUCACCGUCUUUGUGGAGGGUGGACAGGCAUGGAAAAUUACUGCUACAACCAGUAGAAAAAUUUGAUGUGGAAACUGAUCUCACCUGUGUCGAAGAAGAUGCUGAAAACAAUGACUGCAAGGCUUUUGGCAGCUCUAAGCAGGCAAACUGUCCUGCAACCUCUGAUUUUUUACUAUCAGCCAGAAAUCUUAAAUUAGACCAGAUGUUCUGUCAGGGUAGCAAAAACGACAAAGAAAGCGGGAGUUUACAUGCAAACCAAAAUUCUCCAUCAAUGAGAAAAAUGUCGACACCCUUGCAUAAUACUAUUGGCAAUAUGAAUGGUAAUAUAUCGCCAAGAAGGCUCAAGAAACAGUCUGCAGAUAGGGAGUUAGAGAGAGGCUGUGGGGGCAGCAAUAACUUCAGUGAUGACACCUGUGGAGCUACAGGCAGCUUCUUGGAAAGCAGCGAGAAUGAAAAGAACCCGUAUGCUCUGAGGUAUUUCAGAAAGAGGCAGAGGUUUUCCGCCAAAGACCAAAGCUCUCAUGUACUCAAGGAUGAAGAUGAUGGAGAUGAAGACUGUAGUGACAUAGAGCAACUCGUAAUCAAGGAGGAGUAUAUCGAAACUACAGUGUGUGAUGAUUCCCCAGAGUCGCCUUGUACGCCUUGUGACAGAUUUGAUGUUUUCCCCACACCAGAAGUAGAACACAAGCCCUGUCCGUACUGCCCUGCCAUGUUUGAGUCUGGAGUAGGUCUGUCCAAUCAUGUGCGAGGGCACCUUCACCGAGUUGGCUUGAGCUAUAAUGCCCGGCACAUGGUUUUGCCAGAGCAAGUGGCAUUGUGGGAUCAUCAGCACCGAAUCCGCAGAAGGACCCCCUGUGGCAUGAGGAAAAUGAGAAAAGCUGUUAAGCCAGAAACCCAAGGAGUGCACACAUGUCCCCUGUGCUGGGGUUGCUUUGAUACUAAGACUGGCCUCUCCAACCAUGUGAGGGGACACCUGAAACGAAUUGGUAGAAGUGUUACCAGCACCAGUAAGUCUCCGCUGUGCAUCCUAAAUGAACUGCUACAGGACAAAAAGGAACAUCGCAACAUCCUCCAGGUGCGCAACGAGAGCCAAAUCCCCUCACGAUCCUUUGUUUCUCAGAAGUUAAUCAGUAGCAAUGGCCUGAUCCUGAUGCACAAAGGCAUCCCAGUGAAAAUCCAGUAUGAGAUGAAGAGUCCACAUCCCAUAUUGGACAGCUUUGUACCAAAACAGGAGGCAGAGGCCUUAUCAGAAAGGAAGAAGCUUCCGGUAGAAUCACAAAGAGGCACUAAGGCCUCCUCAAGCACCUUAGUUGAACUGCUCAAGAUGAGACAGGAAAGUAUGGAGCUUACAGCGAGAAACAACCAGGAAGCCUAUGCAACCAGGAAGCUCUGUGAUUUGACCAAAGAUUACAUGGAGGAGACACAGAUGACCAGUGUGGAACCAAACUGGACUCAUGGGGAAUGUGAGCCAAAUAAGAUUUGUAUUCAGUGUAACAGCACCUUGCCAAGGCUUCCUGGUCAUCUUCAAGCCUAUGCACACAGGAAGAGGAUUGCCAUUUUUGAAGGACCAGGCUAUGAUUAUAAACAGAAGAAGCCAAGACCAAGGCCUGGGUUAAAAAAGAAGAUUUUACCCUCCUUGAAUGCUGAGAUAUACACACUCACCUGCAGAUUCUGUGACCUUGUCUUCCAGGGUCCCCUGUCUAUCCAGGAGGAUUGGAUCAAGCAUUUACAGAGGCACCUUCUGCACACCAGCGUGCCCCACUCAGGGACAGGGAUGGUAGAGGUUUUGGGUCUUCAUCACAAAAUACAAAUGAGCCCAUCUUGUGAGCACCCAGACCUUGAGUAGAGUUUUACCCGUCUAGAACUUCCAGUUGCAUGAAUUUGCACACUGUUUAUAUGUAUAAUCAACACAUUGUUUUAGAUGAGUCCUGCAGCAGUUUAUAGAUAUAUAUAUGUAAUAGUUAAUCCAGACUACUUAAUAGUAAAUAUUAAUAAUACUGUAUAUAUUAGCAAAAACUUUAUUGUAGGAUAUUGUAAUGGUAUGCUUUGCCUUAUCAACUUAGCUACUGUAAUACAACUUAUAGGAUUUAUCUUGAUUGACUGCUGUAUAAGUUACCAUAAGUUAACCACAGUGGCAGUGUGAGCAACAACAAGAUAAAAUAUUUCUUCAGUAUAAGUAAGUCUGGCAGUGCAGAACUGCCAUUGUUAGAAAAACAUUGUUCUCCUAUGUUUGUCAUGAUAAAAAAGUGCCUUGUUAUUAUGACAAAGCAUUUUGUUAUGAGAAAAACGUUUUCAUUACAAAAUGAAAAAGAAUCUCAAUUUCUUGUAACUUUUUAUGUCAUAAACAGAAAACUUUCUCAUUAUAAAAAGAAACAUUUCUCAAUGUCUUACUCUCUUUUUAUGAGAAACUGUCAUAAGAAAAGUUAAAAGGACCAUUGCCACUCCUAUAUUGGCAAAAUACUGUACAUGAGCCUGAGCAUUUCAAUUAAGUUCAUGUCUCACUUUCUUUUAGAGCCAACAUAAAAUAAAAUUGUGCUCUUGUUAAGCAGUGUACACAGGGCUGUCAUUAGUUUGUGGAUGCUUUGAAGGAUUUCACCUCUCUGUGCCUGUAUCAGAGAGAGCAUCUCUCUUAAUCAAAGUGACAUUCAAGAUGUUGCAUUAUGUUGAGGCAGCUUGUUCUGUCAUUGUUCUUCUGCUUAACCUUCAACCAUCAGUGUAAUUUCUGAAAUCUGGCUCUCAUUAUAACUGCGAUAACAACAUCUUUUUAUAAUGAGAAUACUCUAGAUAUAACAAGAAACCUUUUCAGUUACAACAACAUAUUAUAUAAUAUUAUAGACUUAUUCUUUCUCAUUGUGGCAGCUCUGUAUUUCCGAGGGGUUGGACCCAAAAUGGGUAGCUUUUUGGUUCUCACAUGAGUAAGAAUGUGUUGUAAUUAGUGACAUCAUAAUUAAGUUUCAUACUGAACAGUCUGAAGACCACUGGUACUGAACAUUUGCAUGUCCAUAACCUAUUCUCCAAACUUGUACAACUCGUAAACUUGGUGCUUAUUUUGCAGGGUAGCAGAGACAGUUCCAUACUUUCAGACAGGAAAACAGGCUAUGCAGUGUGCAAAGAUGACAUAUCAUUUUGGAGUAAUGGUUGAAGUGAAUUACAUUUUUUUCAGGGUCUAGCACUGGAAGAUAGCACUUUAUCUUUUGCCCAGGACAUUUCCUUGUUUUUUUGUUCUGUGUGCACAUCAUACACAAAUGAUUUUAAGCACAGCUACAGUUUGUCCUUCUUUGACCCUCUUCUUAGCACCUACAGUAUGUGGUCUAGUCUGGUUGAACCCAUUGCCAAAAGACUCAUCUCACACUUCACAAUUUUGAUGAAUAUGAAUAUAUAUUUAUGACUAUAAACCUGACUGUAGAUUUACCUAAAUCAAAGAACAAUUUAGCUUUAAUGGCCAAUGUCAUUUUAUGUAUUUAUUCUAUCUAUUUUUUCUUGAAAUAUUCAACUUGUUACAUUGGAGAUUUUAAAAUUGUAGACAUGUAGCGCUCCCAAACAGUUUUAUCAUUACAAGUUAUUAAAUUAUUAAACAUUUCUAUAAAAUGAAUCUUAUUUCCCUACUCAGGCUUGAUAGUAUUUAGACUUAGUAUUGCUCAGAUUCUAAUACAGCUUUUUGUAGAUAAAUGUUUCUAUAGAAAUCAGUGACAUUAAUAAUAAGCAAAAAAUAAUAAAUAAAAUGCAUGAUAUCAGCGUUCUAAAUUUAAAUAAAUUUAGUGAAUUAUUCUUAAUCAGCCAAAUAUAGUUAUGCAUUUUUCAGCGUUGCUGUUAAAUUAUAUUAACAAUAGGAUGUAGAUAUUAGAAAAUAGACCAUGGCACCAUCACACUACAGUUGUAGCACAUAAGGAGGAUAUACAGCACAGUUCUGAGAGUUGCAUUGGUAAUUGUGCGGAGAUUAUUUACAGCAGUUUUGGUGGAGUAGACAAAAGGUUUGACUCGAGUGGUUAAUUGAGCAAGCUGUCUGAGAUUUGGUAGAACAAAAGAAUUAAUUUGCAAGAGAAUGGUGUUUAUCACAUAAGAUGCUGUUAAAGGAGGAGCUGAGCUAUGAGAUAUUCAUGGUCAGGUGAAAAAGUAUUACAGUGAAUUAAUAAUUAAAGGAUGGCCAUGCUGAUCAGUGUAAGAAAAUGGACAUAAUUUCUGAGCAUCAGAUUUUUAUCAGGUUUUUGGAAUGUCUAUAUAGAGUGCUAACCAGAAACAUAGGAAGGACAAAACACUGAUGCCAUGAUGAUUUUACUUACAGCUCUUCAUAGAAACUGAACAGAAAAAUCUACCAUUAUUCCAAUGUAUGACCCCAGUGUUUAUCCAUUUUAUGUUUAGUUCUAUUAUAUCUGUAUUGAAACAAUUAUUCAUAUUGUCACGUCAAAUUAUCAUUUUGCUACCUUCAGUCACUCACGGAUGUGACAAUACUGACUCAACCUGAGUUUAAAUAGGGUAGUAACUUUUUUCUAUCUUUGCUGCUCCAAACUUCCCGUGACUGUCAGGUCUGUUAGGGGGGAAAAAUCUGCUGCACAGGGAGUGAUUUAUUUCAUGAUUUGGGCAGCAGAAACAGCAGUUUUUGUGUUUGCUUAGGCUGACCGGUGCCUUAAGGAACCUUAACUUGAAAGUCAUUAUCACCAUGAAGAAAAGAAAAGGUGUCAAUACUGGUGGCACUAUUUCAGUAACGUGAUCUGUGGGAGGUACACUGCAAUAAUGAUAUGACAAAGAUCUCAGCAAAAUAAAAUAAAAAAUGAAUUUCUGGUGGAUUUUAUGGAAGACAAUUUAGGUUUGUCUAGUGUUUAUCAUGUAAUCUAUUACUCUCUGUGCUUUCUUUAUUUCGCUGUAAACAGUUGUGACGAUGGCCCUGUAAGUGAUAAAACAAACAAACAAACUUGGAAAAAUACAGUACUGUUUUGGAUGAAAACUGAGUUUAAAGUGCAAUGUAUCAUUUCAUAAAAUACAGUGUUCCUACAUUCAUUACAGAGCACAGACACAACUUUUAGCAGCAGCUGGAGUUGACCCUUUUAGUUGUUUAAAGGUGUGUUAUGUGAUAAUGGAACAUUCCCUUUCCACAGUACACAGGCCAGUUUUAUUUGUUGCAAUUCUUUUGGGUGAAACAUACAGAUUUCAGUGUGAUUUUGCACCAUUAUUCCCAACAGAAAGUAAUUUUAGGGCUAUGUGCUAUUUUAAACUCCAGUUUUUACUGUUACAGGCUGAGUAUUUGAUGUAUCCCAUGCUAGAUAGCCACUUCUGGGUUUUCUACUUACCAGUGGCAAAGGGGGCUAACCCUGCAGUUUAUCUUGGGCAGUAUUUAAAGCAGCGAUCAAAGCUGUACAAACCAAUUGUCAUCAUGCUUCUCCAGAGGGAAUUUUGAAGUACUUUAAUGCUCCUUCUUUGGGAAAUAAUUGUGCCACUCUGUGACUUCAUUAGGUCUCCUGGCUGUUUCAAAAGAUGUUCUCUCUGGAGGUUGAAAGCCACAUUGCUGGCAGACAGCAUCCCAAGGGGCCGAAUGAAUAAAAAAGGAGAGAUUAUAAUGAGAUUGAGUUAGCCAUGACCAGAAUUGGGCUUUUCAUUAUUCCACUGGCUGAAGAGAGAGAGAGAGAGAGAGAGAGAGAGAGAGACAAGGCUGACAUAAAGAAAUGUGUUGUUGCAGGACCCACACUCGCCAUCUGCCAUGGGGGUCCAAUGGUAGGCAGCCAAUGCAUGCUUAUCAUUGCCAUGGGUAUCAAAGGGGCCUCCUCUCUGGAGAUUGCUCUAUUAAAACUGCAAACGCCCCUGUGCGCACAAAACAGAGAAAACCGUAGUAACACUUGCCAUUGAUUUAGCAAAUUAAAAUGGGAGGAAACAUUAGAAAACCUUUGUGUUUUUGGUAUGUGUGUUUAUUAGACAAUGAAGUAUAAUUGCAACUUAAGUUAAUUCAUUUGAAUAGUUUGUUUUUAUGAUGUGUGUUGCUGUAUCCUGAGAGAGUGCAUGAACUAAUGGGACUUUUUUUGUCAGCUAGUCUUGUGUUUUUCCCCAUUCAGUGUCUGUGGCAGCAGUGAACCAGAGAUCAGGACCAUUGACCAUGACCUGUUCUUUGGCCAGUUAUUCAGAAGUGCCACAGACUGCCUGUGUGAAAAAGAAAACAAGAAAAAAAGAAGAAAAAUCAAUAGGUUUCCAUUAUCUGGUUGGGCAGUGUCACUGGCCUGUCAAUGAUCCUGUUACAGCGGCGGUACAAGGGUGACACAGGCCCACACUCAAUCGCUGCUGACAAGAGGAAAACAUGCUGACAGGCACCGGGAACAAGUUGGAACACAGAUUUGCACUUCAAGCAGCCGUCCAAGGAGGUAUCGUGCAAGGCCACCACACGGCAAGGGGCAAGCUCAGUUGGGGCUGGGUGGAGGGGUUGAGAGGGGGAUUCCCAGCCAGCCUCCCUCUACUGUCUGACUGUCUAGCUCUCUACCACAAACGCUUUUAUCCCCCCAUAAAUUAUUCACCUCUGGGUACACCAAAGGAAACUUGGUUGCACUGAUUGUAGCUGAGGGGAAAUUCAGAAAAACCUCAGGCACAGUUGGCACCCACUGCUCGGCCACUCCUGCAAACUUACGCAAACCCCACCUACAGCAUGCUACACAGUGUACGUGCAGCAUGUGCAUAGCAUUACACAUAAACCACUGUGACAUCACUGACCCUUUCUUUUGCAAAUGAUCAUGCAGGGAAAUUUUAUGUCAGCUCAACUUUAUAGGAAAUGAUCAUUUUAGUUAAUAACUGACUUAUCAGGUUCCUGACAUAUUAGCUCUAAACCUACAAAGAAAACAAGAAUCUCCCCUCAUCAGUCAGUCCAGAUGGCCAGUCAGAAAUUAAGGAAGACAUCAACUGUCUCUUGAAAGAACAUGAAUCAAUAUAUUUUGACAAGGAUCAAAUGUGCUUCAGAUGAACCUUUUGGCCCUCCCAAAACAGUCUUUCUCCUCAUGUCAAACCUCCUUAUUUUUGUUUUUCUACAUGUAAUGAUCUGAUAUCCCAUGACUCAUGAGUUUUUAGGUCGUGUUUAGCAACACGAUUUAACACUUAUGACCUGUGUUAAUUCCUCUCAGAAUCUUCAUUUGACAAUCCACAUUUUACCAUAAAAAUCGCAGGUAUAUAAACAGUAAUAAACAGAUAUAUUUCAACAUGCA